GUUCUAGUGUAAGUUUUUGGUGCAUUUACUUGAAUGUGUUCAUGGUCCUAUGUGUAAAAGAACUGGGACUAUUAGUAUACACUGGGGGUGAAGCAUCUUUUGUGCUAGACACAAGCCAGUUUGCUUUCUCUUUGGGAAUUGAUGUAUAUCUCCCCUAGUUAUAUUUUUUAGAAUAGUAAAGCUGGCUUUGCCAGUAUUUAAGAAUUGAUUACUGUUAGCUUUAUUGCUAACUUUGCAUGUCAAAUGGAUAAUCUUAAUCACUGAAUUGUAAAUUGAAGCAAAGAUUUAAUUUUCAUAAAUGUAACAGAUUGGUCAAUUGUGAGUCUGUUUAGAAAUUUUUCUAUCAUUUGUGAUGUUGUGAUGUCUAGAGAAAAAAAUUGAUUUUUUUUUCUUUAAAUGAAAACAGAGCAAUAUAGCUGCGAAUAUGGAUCUGGCAGAUUCUUUAUCCUUUGUGGCCUCGGAGGAAUUAUUAGCUGUGGCACAACACACACAGCAUUGGUUCCCCUAGAUCUGGUUAAAUGCAGAAUGCAGGUGGACCCGCAGAAAUACAAGGGCAUCUUUAAUGGUUUCUCCAUCACGCUUAGAGAAGAUGGUGUUCGUGGUCUGGCUAAAGGAUGGGCUCCAACGUUCAUUGGCUACUCUAUGCAGGGACUCUGCAAAUUUGGUUUUUAUGAAGUUUUCAAAGUCUUGUAUAGCAACAUUCUUGGUGAGGAAAAUACUUACCUCUGGCGUACAUCCCUGUAUUUAGCUGCCUCAGCCAGUGCUGAAUUCUUUGCUGAUAUUGCCCUGGCUCCUAUGGAAGCUGCCAAGGUCAGAAUUCAGACCCAGCCAGGUUAUGCCAACACCCUGAGGGAGGCUGCUCCUAAAAUGUUUAAAGAAGAAGGCCUUUUUGCAUUCUACAAGGGCGUUGCUCCUUUGUGGAUGAGACAGAUCCCAUACACCAUGAUGAAGUUUGCUUGCUUUGAGCGCACCGUCGAAGCCCUGUACAAGUACGUUGUUCCGAAGCCCCGGAGUGAGUGCUCGAAAGGAGAGCAGCUGGUGGUGACAUUCGUGGCAGGUUACAUAGCUGGUGUCUUCUGUGCCAUCGUCUCUCACCCUGCUGACUCUGUGGUGUCUGUGCUGAACAAGGAGAAGGGCAGCUCAGCGUCACAAGUCCUCCAAAGGCUUGGAUUCAAAGGUGUAUGGAAAGGGCUCUUUGCCCGUAUCAUCAUGAUUGGUACCCUGACUGCACUACAGUGGUUCAUCUAUGACUCCGUGAAAGUCUACUUCAGACUUCCCCGUCCUCCUCCACCUGAAAUGCCAGAGUCUCUGAAGAAGAAGCUUGGGUUGACACAGUAGAUGAAUGAAUCAAGACUAACUAUGGACUGAAUCUGUUUGCUGACCAGUGUUGAGCAAAUAUAAGAGAAACUUUUAUAUAUUUGACUGUGUAGACUGUCUAUUCCUGAUGUAAUUAUCAGUUGUGCCCUUGCCUGAACCAAGGGUCUCAAAAUGUAAUUGUUGCAAUAAACCAACUAUUCGUGAGUCUUG